AUGAAUUUCCAUCCAAAAGCACUAUUACUAGUGCUAGUACCAGUACUGGGAUUGAGGGCGCUGGUGGAUCGAAUUGCCCAGAUAGUGUCCCCCGUGCGGUCUCCUGAGGCCAAUUUGAGUCCGAACGAAACACCCGCUCAGGAGUACGCGACUCAAAUUUCAAGCAAGCCUCCACGGAAAGCUGACCUUCGUGACCUGGAUUCACGCGGGCUACCUCAAUAUACUUACACAAAAAGACUCAUAAAAGGCGAUGGGAACUGUCUAUACCGGGCCUUGUCGUAUUUGGCAAAUGGAAACGACCAAAAGACUAAUGGGGAAUGGGGUGGAGAACACGCACUUGCAGCUGCGGCAAAGGUAUUGAAUAAAAAGAUAAUUCUGCUUUCUCUAGCCUCGAAAGAUCCGGUUUUUCUAGCAUAUGGAAGUGCACCGGUUGAUCCUGAAGCUCCUGGGCUGAUCUUCUUGAAUGAACACUAUGAACUGCUAUUUCGCAAGCCAAGUUAG